UUUCAUCGCGAACUGCCAGUGCGCUAUGCAAGUGAUGCACAAAACUGGUUAAAUAAAGCACAAAACGAACGGGUAAAAGCGGCAAGGUGGGCGCAAGAGGGCGUGGCGAAUCGGCGAAUAUAGCACCAAUCAAUCCAAUCCCCAGAAGGUGCGACGUACGCGUAAUAUGCAAAAAUCGCUACCAUGAAAAAGACCAAGGGAUCAAGCUCCCUUGGAACGAAGGGAUCAUCAUCCCGGAGACUAUCUUCUUCGGCUGUGGUGGUGUCCAAGGAGUCUGGGGGAUCUGCGGAAUCUGCAGAAUCGGCAGCGCUGCAGCAGGACGGCAAGGAGCAGCUGCCGGAGCGGAAGGACUCGCUGGCAGCCAAGGAAUCUGCAGCUAUGAAAAUAGAGCCCUCGAGAAAUCAGCCAUUGAAGGUUGAGCCAUUGAAAGAUGAACUUAACCAAGCCGAGUGCACUGCCAUCUCAUCCAUCCCAGCAAUUGAGAAGCUACGCCGCUUCUGCUUUAUUGGCUCCACGGACGAGCCCGUCUACGCCACGCCCGCACUGGACCUUGCUGUCGAAAACAACUUCGCAUCGCUGAAGGAACUCUGCGCCCAAGUGAGCGAAGCCGAGAUGGCCGAGUGCUUGGCGAGUGUUUUGGGCAGCGGACCGAAUGCGGAGCACCUUCCCCGACCUGACGAGCCGCUCCUCAUCCUGGCUGUUUUCCUUACCACGUGCGGCGACGAGAAGGAACGAAAGUUGGUGCGCAAUAGAUUCGCUGACCUGAUCACCAGCGAUUUGGAUCUCCUACUGUUCGUCCAGCUGGUCAAGCGAGUCCAGAAGGUGCUCGAACGUAAAACGCCCCUUAAUCGCACGGUGCGGAAGGCCGUCCUCGAAUGGUAUGGUAAGCAAUCGCUUGACCGCCUUCUACACAUGUGGUCGGUGGGCGAUGGAAAUCGUUGGCCGUCGCAUCGCGAUCUGCUGCACCGCUGCCAUUAUCGGGAUGCCAAUUUUCGACCGGAAAUCAUUGCUGCCUUAAGGCUGCUCUCAUCUUCGCCAAAGGAGCUGUCGCAGUGGCCCGAUUUUUUAACGCCCUUGAACAGCUUUCGCGACAUCAUUGAGGGUGUAGUAAAGCUUCGACUUCUAACGGAUCCCGGACUAGCUCUUCCCAUUGUGAAGAAGUUGUCGCUGAGCUGGGAGCAUGUGCCAUUGCAGUUGCUUCACGACCCCGGGCUGGCGAAGUUCCUUAUUCCAAGCAUGAGCUACGAGCAACUCCUUCAAAGUUGGCCACGCCUCUCGCGACUCCAUCACCAGGUGCGCCCCGUUGCUGAGCAAUUGCUGGACGAGAAGAAGCUUAAGGCGGGCAAUGUGCCGCCCGUACGUCUGCUGCUGGAGGAUAUGCGUCUGCGGAAGCCCAAAAAGGUGUAUCCAACUUUGGUGCAAAAGGCGAGUUUCCUGCACAGCGUCUACGAGAUAUCCUUUGGCCAGAACAAGGCACUCGGUAGGCGACUGCACAUUACCCUUAAUCUGGAGAAGACCUAUCUGGGCAAAUACCUUUCCGGUCGAUGUCGUUCGCUCAAAUACUUAGAUGCCCUGGUGGCAUUGGCUUUUGGCUAUUUCCGCAGCGACUCCAAGGUGACGGUGGAGUUUUGGCACGAUCGCAGUGGCGAGUUGAAGACGCUGCCCUGGACAAAGGAGAUGACUGUUUCAGAGGCCGCGGCCUGUUGCGAAAAUCAGAAGGUGGGCAAAGUCAGGCAAUCGCUGAAUAGAAUUCUGGCCAGGGCGCUUUUGGAUGAGCAGAACACGUUUGACGUGUUUUUGGUGCUGGUGCCGGGUGCCGCGCGAGGAAAUCCGGAAAAUAAUUCGAAAAGCUUGGCUGCUCUAAUGGACAAGUAUCGCGAAAAGCGAAGCUCUAAUGCUAAAUUCAUUGUGGUGAGCCUGCGGCAGCAUCAACGCUCCAUGAUGUAUUCCGGCGGACGAAACGAGAACUUGUUAGAGUUGUGCAGCCUCGAUAAGCACACUACGCGUUUGAUUAACGCAUUUGUCCGCAGGAAGUUCUACUAGACGGUGAGCCGCACUUCGAAUAACCGACGACCCAUUUAAUCGCACAGCUGCAGGCACAAAGCAGUUCCAUUUGUUUAAGGACGAUGGCCAUCGGUUAGUUGCCAUCGGCCAUCUCUCUCGCUUUCAUAGACGCUAGGGCGCUCGGUCCUCUCACUCCCGUUUCGAAUAGCUUUCGUGUAACAUAUAUAGAUAGGCCCUUGGUGCGUAAUCGUUGUAGAGCCAGGCCAACUCAAUGCUACAUUCAUACUUACGUAUUAAUAAUGAUAAUAGUUGCAUCCCGGAAUCCAGAAUUGCAAUCGGGUUAGUAAGAUAUUUUUAUCGCUCGUUUUGUGUAUUGACAUUUGUAUUCGUAUUUGUAAUUUGUACUAGAUUUGGUGGAUUAAUUUUUUGAAAUUAAACUGAAUCAACUGAACUGAACUCAAUCUAAAUUCAAUUUGGAUUUAAAACAAUCUCAAUGAAAUCGCAAGCGCAAACAACAAACAAAAAACAGACAAAAACAACAAACAAAUUGCCUUACAAACAAAAAUGUUAGUAAAACUUUCAUUUUAGUUUAGACUUUUUCAAAAAUUGAAUACUGGAACUGAAACACAAUUUAUGGCAUUUAGAUAAAGUUAAAGUUAAAUGUAAACUAAUCAUAUGGCCUAUGUAUUGAAUAUUAAUCUAACGUAACUUUAAAAUAGUCCAAGUCAAAGCAAUAAUCACCAAUCACUAAGCAAAUCCAGUUAUAGCCUCAGAUCGAUUAUAAAUUUAUGUUGUGCUCGAAUAGAAUCGAAUUAAAUUAGCUAAAUAGUUGAAACGCGUACAAGGCAACAGAUUGAACGAAUAGAAAACAAAACUCCCAAUGUGCCAUACACAACCCACGACCCACAAAACACAUUCACCCCAUACACUUGACCAGUAUACAUAUUUAUGAGGAUUGUGCAAAAUUGCCGAACCGAAACCAUAUAGAGAACAAUAACGAAACGACGAGCAAACGCUACUAAUUUGACUAAAAUUAGUUAAGUGAAAUUAUACUCAAAUUACAAUUAAAUUACAUUUACUUGUAUAGAAAGCAAAGCAACCAAUUUGGAAGAUAAGGAACCAAAAGCCAACUGAAAAUAGGACAAUUGAAAACGAAAAUUAACUAACCGGAAAUCGAAAGGACAAAAAAGAAAAUAGGAAAUAUUUCCACGGACAUUUCUAACCAAAUGUUUCCACACGCGUCUGUGAAGUAAACCGUUGUGAUCGCUUUAGAUUUUGAUUUAAACAAAAUAAAUACAAAACUACAAACUACUAAAUACUGAAUACAAAAACAGAUAAGCCGGCACAUGAGCCGCAACAGGCAGCUAUAAGUUAUUUUAUAUAGUUUUUAAACUCGAAAUCAGUAGGAGCGUAACCGAAAAGUACCUAUACAACAAAAGCUAAACUAAAAAUGAAACUGAUACUGCAGAGCCAGAGCCAACCAACCAAUUGAACUCCAAAAAUCCAACACAAUUACACAUAAUGUAUUCAAACUAACCCUCGCUGCCCGUGGGAAAUCCAGAGUAAGGUUGAUGGAUCUACAGACUGCCGCAGAAUGUAUACACUUUACAGAUUUUUGAGGAAAGACCUGGUCCUCACAAAAAAACACGCAACAAAACCAACCACAGUGAAAUAAGUAGGGACUCCAACGUAUGUUUUUUUUCUUAGUUGGUGGGUGCUCUUCUUUUAUUAUUAAUUUUACAUCCAUUUUAGUUUAGUAUUCAAGAAGUUUACUAUCGGCCUAAGCAGACAAAUUUUGUGGUCCGAGUAAGAUACGUAAUUCCAAUUUGAAAAAUUUGCUAUAUUUUUGUAUUAUUAGAUUUAACACCUUUGUAAUGUUAUUGUUACUACAAAAGAUACAAAUUCAGUUAAGUGUAAAGUGUAUUUCAUGUAAAAACGCAACCAGACAGUUUUGUAAACAGUAAAGUCACCGAAAAGUUGAAGCACGUAAAAAGUAAAAGAAAAAACUAAAGCCAAGGAAACACAUUUCAGUUAGAGAAAAUUUUAAUAAAGAAAAUUAUUGUUGUUGAUCAAAUCAAAUCAAUUUAAAGGAAACUAAAAAUAAAACCAAAACUAAAACUGAAACUGAAAUCGACUCGAAACGAAUUGAACUAAAUCCGUAGUAAAACAGCAACAAGAAGCAAAACAUCAUGUGAUAUCUAUUUCAAAAAUAAAUCAAUUGACAAACUAAAGAGAAGACCUUACCAUACAGAAGCAGAAUAUAGUAAAAUUAGCCUAAAGCCACGAAGCGUUCAGAAUGCAGAGUUUCGAAAACGAAAUCGAUUUUGUUUUGUUUAUAGUUUUUCGUUGAAGAGUUACGCAAGAUCCCGACGAUCCACAGAUCCAUUGAGUAAAAAAACCACAUCAUCAGUAAUGUACGGCUCGACUUUGACUCUCUCUUUCUCGCCCCUGAACCGCACUAUCAAUUUAUCCCUUUCUGUCUUUAGUGUUAGUCGAAAUUCGGAUUGUACGCGCAUUUCCAAAAUGUUCAACUCCUUGCUAACGUAUUCCAGAAGGUUUUUAUAAGCAUAUACAUAAACGUAUACAUACUUCUUAUACACUACCCUAGGCUAACGUUGAAUAAAUUCUGAAUGAUUCGAACACCA